AUAAGUGGUCUUCUACAAAGAGGAUGUCACUUUUCCACGCAGAAAGUAAAGGAGAUAUUGUUUAAUAUAUUUAUAUAUAAGUGAUUUUUUUUCUUGGUACAGUACAAACUCCACCUACGACAGUCACGAGUGUGUGACCGGAUGUAGAGUUGCGGAAGCUGCUCACUGGAUGCCAUAUAAUCUCUGGUCCACAGUCCAACAUACUCUGUUCGUGCAUCAUCAUUUUUUCUGCUCCUGCCCCCUUCUCUUCAGAGAUUAAUCAGGUUUUAAUUCGUCGUCUGCUGUGCUCCGAUGCUCCAGGGGUUGAAAAGAAUGGAAGCUGAGAAAGUGCAACUGUUGUCAGUGAUUUUCACAGUUCUUGUGGUGCCAUGGCUGGCACAGCAAACUGCAGGCACUUCUUUUGAAUGUCAUGAAAACGGCUACUGCAGUAAAUACCGUCAGGGUCCAGGGCCGCUGAACAUGAAUGACUAUAGAAACUUUUCUCUGGAGAACUCCGCUGGCUCCGAGGAGAUUAUACCGAGGUGUGCCGAGAACUUCACCUCCUUUCAGUGGUAUCGGAUAAUUAACAAUACUUACCUACCGUUUCCAUGGGGACGAGAAGACGGCCUGCAGCUCUGUGACAACAACCAGACCCUCAUUAUAAACAGUGUGCAGAAGGAUGAUGAAGGGGUAUACGUAUUUCAAGUUAGCAAUGGAACGGCGCAUGCGCGUGGAUUUCUGAACUACACGGUUUCAUGCAAGUCUGGAAAGAGUCAACUGAUCACGAAUGAACAACCAGAGCAGUACGUCGCCCUGGGAGCCCAGAAAACCCUUCAAUGUGCAGCAGACUUUGGGGACUGUAAGGAUCACGAUGGUGUCGUCAUGUGGAAGGUCAAUAAGUCUGAUGGUCAUCCACAACUCGUGAGAAAUUCCACAAACCGCUUCAUCAAGUGCGACACUAAUGGGUACAAUGGAAAAUCCUGCAAUCUUACUUUCUCGAAAGUGUCACCUGAAGACUUUGAAGUGGAAUACAAUUGUCGUCUUUACACCCCACAAAUCCCACCUGACCCGGCCAACCAGUACUCUGUCCGCUUACUGCAACUGUACAGUGUGGAGGAGUCCUGGCUGGGUUACAUCAUUGCAGUUGUCUUGACUUGCGUGUUGGUUGGUGUGGCAGCAGUGUUCACCGUGCGGCGCUAUGGCGAAUGUAUCAAGUUCUGGCUGAGACGACAGCCACACGGAGAUAAAUGGGAACAUGAUGUUGUCGUGAUCCAUGGUGAAGACCACCACUCCCUCGUCACCGACCACGUGAUUCCCCAGCUCCAGAAGGAAGGCUAUGCCGUUGCUGUGGAUGUCGUCAGACUAGGAAGACCGGAGAUCAUGGAGCAAGCCAACGCUGUCGUCAGUGCCUACAGUGUUAUCUUCUUCUUCUCUCCCGAUGAGCUCUGUCGGGGUGGUCCCCACUUUCUAACGACUCUGGCCCAGCAGACGCACUCUUACGGGAGCAUCAUCGUCAUCCGUCAAGAAGGUAAAGGACACAAUCAGAGCCUCCUCGACCUCGCUUCCCAUCCCAGACAACCAGUUUCAGAGGACUUACCACUUCUGAAAAACGAUGACAACUGUAUGAAGAAAACAUGGAAGAAUCAAGAAUAUGGUUCAUUUAAACAACUGACAUGGCCUGAAAUUGAAAUCAGUCCAGAAAAUGGUCAACCGCUUCCUUGCAGAAAGUUAGACCAGUUCUGGUAUGGUGUCCGUAACAAUCUCCCUAAGCCACGGAAUAAAGACAAAUCUGUGCCACCUCAGAAUUUCCCUAUUUGAUAGUCUUUGCUAUGUAAUGUACCUCGACAAUAUCUGUAUAACUGAGCUCUUCUUGCUCAAACUCUAGCCACAGAUGUCUGCACUGUCACUUCUUGUGUCAAACUCUACCCACAGACCGUAUUUUUAAUUUUGUAAACGUGUAAAUAGGUUUAAAGAGUAGCGAUGUAAAAGUGUAAAUAAGUUUCAAAAGCGAUGAGCCUUUGUUGGGAAGGGUUAGGGUCAGAGUUAUGUUCUGAACUAUGAAUAUUAUCAUCAACACAACUGAACAUGUUGCGACUUCACUGUAAAAGCCACAUUUAUCGUUAUACUAUAUAUCACUAUAUAUUUGUAUUUUGUAUAUAAUUGUACAUUAUCACGUGUAUGUAUCGUUCAUCACAGCUGUGUACAAUUCAAGAGAUAAAAAGAUGUCGCAUGUGUCGUCUGUCAUUCGGUUACUCAGUUACGGUCUACGGUCAUCUUCAGCAGUUAGCCUAUCGUGUUUUUAAAAUUUCUUCAACUUUCAUCAUUACAUAUAAACUAAAUACCACAGUUUUAUAUUUUAUUUUCAUAUGCAAAAUAUUUUUCAUAUUUAAAGAAUUAAAAAACAUAUAUUCCUUUCAGAA